AUAACGAAAGCAAUAGUAGCAAAGCUACGAAUGCGGAAAGCACCAACAGCUUUCAAAUGGGUGAAAGGACACAAGGGUCACGAGCUGAACGAAGGCGCAGAUAAACUUGCCGGAAUCGGCGCGGAGAAAGCCGCCCACGACGACGUAAACCUGGAAGUUCCCACGGAGCUAAAGAUCUCAGGUGCCAGACUCGAUACCAUGACACAGAAAAUAGCAUACAAAGCGAUCAGAAUAGGCAAAUCGAGAGAAACAAAAAAGAGAACCCCGACAAAAAAGAAUGUCGAUAAGAUAAGGGACGACUUCUACCAAGCCUUCAAGACGAGACUGAAAGAGGAGACGAUAUGGAAGGCAAUAAGAAAACGUGACAGGAUAACAAGAGAGACGGCUCAAUGGAUGUGGAUGUCCGUCCACGAUGCAUACAUGAUAGGUAAUAACUGGCUGAAACCAGACAUGCCCGACGAACUCAAAGCAAGAGCAGAAUGCAAAGCCUGCGGACAAAUCGAGUCAAUGGAACACAUCCUUUUCACAUGCCAAGCGACAGGAAGGGAGCAAAUUUGGAAAUCGCUGAAUGACAUGUGCAGAACAUCCGGACUACCUAAUAUCACCCCGGAUUGGGGCUCCAUCUUCGCCGCCGGAGCAAUAGAACUAAAACAAGACGAAGAAGGAAAAAGAGACACGGCAGGCGAAAUAAGAUGGGCGACACUGGCGACGGAAGCAGCACACCUGAUCUGGAAAUUAAGGUGCGAAAGAGUUAUCGCGAAUGAUGGCCGCGAACACUCAGAGCGAGAAGUGAUGCAAAAAUGGGUUGCAACGGUUGAAAGGCGUCUAAACCUGGACAGACGCACCGCGGCUCAGAUGGACGGAAAGAAACGAAAACAAACCAUCAACAAAGUCGAAAAAACGUGGAAACCGCUUCUAGAAGACUCAGACAACCUCCCAGACGACUGGGCAACAUCAUGCGGGGUUUUAGUGGGUAUUAAGAGA